AUGGCAGAGGCACAGAUGGGCGAGUUGAGCCUGAAUGUCAUCUACUCAAAGGCUUCUGGACCACAACAGCUGUCAGUUCCAACUGACAUCACCGGGGAGGCACUGAAAGACCGGCUGCGAGAAGCGCUGUGCCUCGGCGAAGAUGUGAGCUUGGCUUUGAGCUACCAGAACGGGUCACGGAACUCCGUGAAGAAAGUUUUGGAGGCUCAGCAAAGCCUGAGUGAACAGGGUGUCGAAGACGGCGCCUCGCUAACCGUUAAGGCCGAUGCCGUUGAGGUCCGGCCAGAGAAUUCCUUCCUAAGAGAGUCCAUCCGCAACAACGGUGGGAACAGCUACUACUAUGCGCAUGCCAACGAGAAGGAGCUGCCUCCUGAGCUCCGGUACGUCUACGGGGGCGAGCCUAUCAAGCUCGAGCCGCAAAACGUAGAUUUAGGUGAUGCCGCGAAGGCAUCCGGAGCCCGCCCCUUGACCAAGUAUUCUUGGGCAGACGAGGGAGACUUCGUUUGCAUCUACGUGUCAGCCGAGGGCGAGCCUGAGGCGAUCGAGGCGGCCACUAGCGGAGAAGUCAAGGUGAGCUUCGAUGGGCGUGCUGUCGAGCUGCGCAUUUGCGGGAGUGGCAAGGAGUUUGCCCUGAGCCUGAAGCAGCUGGAGGGCGAAAUU